CUAUUUUUCGUUUUCGGUAUUAUCUUAUCGAAAUCAUCAAUUUCCAUUUCAAAAAUAAAAACGCGAAGAAUAAGAAGUAGAAAGUGGUGAUUUCAUCGGUGGUUCAUCAUCUCUGUUUUCGAUUUCUAUUUGGAUUGAAGAUUUUGGGUUGAAAUUCCGAAGGGAAGGAGGAGAAUCCAAGAAAUGGCGAAGGCGGAGGAUGUUUUCGUUGGGUCAAUCGAUCAAGGAACCACCAGCACCAGAUUUAUCAUUUACGAUCGCUGUUCUCGACCGAUCGGAUCUCACCAGGUGGAAUUCACUCAGUUCUACCCAGAAGCGGGAUGGGUGGAGCAUGAUCCUAUGGAAAUUCUGGAGAGCGUGAGGGUUUGUAUGGCCAAAGCCGUCGAUAAGGCCACCGCGGCGGGUUACAAUGUGGACAAUGGACUGAAGGCGAUUGGGUUGACCAAUCAGAGAGAAACAACUCUGGUUUGGAGCAAAUCUACUGGCUCUCCCCUCCACAACGCAAUCGUUUGGAUGGACGCUCGUACCAGUGCUAUUUGCAGAAAAUUGGAGAACGAAUUAUCUGGUGGGAGAACUCAUUUUGUGGGUACUUGUGGUCUGCCAAUUAGUACCUAUUUUAGUGCUGUGAAGCUGCUUUGGCUGAUGGAAAAUGUGAAGGAUGUUAAUGAAAGUAUAAAGAAGGGAGAUGCUUUGUUUGGAACUAUAGAUACUUGGUUGAUAUGGAACUUAACUGGUGGUGUCAAUGGAGGAUUACAUGUGACCGAUGUUUCUAAUGCAUCUCGAACGAUGUUGAUGAACCUCAAGACCCUUGAAUGGGACAAACCUACAUUAGAAACACUAGGAAUUCCAGCACAAAUCUUGCCUAAGAUUGUUAGCAACUCUGAGGUCAUAGGGAAAAUUGUCCAGGGUUGGCCGAUUACUGGCGUUCCGAUUUCGGGAUGUUUAGGCGACCAACAUGCUGCGAUGCUUGGUCAAGCUUGUAGGAAAGGUGAGGCUAAAAGCACAUUUGGGACAGGUGCUUUUAUACUCCUCAACACAGGGGAAGAAGUUGUUCAGUCUAAGCAUGGCCUUCUAACCACUUUGGCAUUCAAGCUUGGCAAGGAUGCUCGAGCAAAUUAUGCUCUUGAAGGCUCCAUUGCCAUUGCUGGGGCUGCAGUUCAGUGGCUUAGGGAUAGUCUUGGAAUUAUUAGCAGUGCGAAAGAGAUCGAGGAAUUGGCAUCACAGGUUAAGUCCACUGGUGGGAUAUAUUUUGUACCUGCCUUUAAUGGGUUGUUUGCUCCAUGGUGGCGUGACGAUGCUCGCGGAGUCUGUAUUGGGAUCACAAGGUUUACCAGCAAGGCUCAUAUUGCUCGUGCCGUGCUUGAGAGUAUGUGUUUUCAAGUGAAGGACGUGUUGGAUUCAAUGCACAAAGAUGCUCGAGAGAAGGGCGAGGUGAAGAACGAGAAAGGAGAAUUCUUGCUUCGAGUCGAUGGUGGCGCUACUGUCAACAAUCUUUUGAUGCAAAUUCAGGCGGACCUGUUGGGAAGUCCAGUGGUGCGACCGGCCGACAUCGAGACAACUGCCCUCGGAGCAGCUUAUGCAGCAGGACUAGCAGUUGGAGUUUGGACCGAAGAUGAGAUUUUUAGUGCAGGAGAAAGGGUUGAGAGUGCAACCACCUUCCAUCCUGUAUUAGAAGAAGAGUUGAGGAAGAAGAAGGUGGAAUCAUGGUGCAAAGCUGUUUCAAGAACCUUUGACUUGGCUGAUCUUUCUCUUUGAUGGUCCUUCCUUCAACUUUAUAACAUAUUUCCUUCUUUACUUCUCCUGUUCUUGUGCAUUUGCUUCUUUACUACCUGUUCAUGAAUUACAUUCUCCCACAAUAAAUUAAAAUACAGUGGAAUAACACGACGGUGGAACCAACUUUGAUUACGAUUGGAUUCAAAA